UUUCCUCGUGGUUACAUGGAUUCUGCCUCGCUCCGCGCGGUGUCGCUGUGGUUGGUUCUCCUGUUGUCGACCUUUGCAACCAGCUUGCUGGUGCCCUCGGUGCCCACUUUAUCCCGAGGCAGAACCAGCAGCAGCGGGCGCAGGAGCAGCAUCCGAACAGCCGUAGUCAUGUCGGGUCCGACCUACACGCCCCCCUCAGAUCCGCCAUUCAGCCCAGAGACCUUGGCUGCGCUGGAGAGCAAAGGACUCGAGGUUCGGGGGCUUUCCGAAGCCAAUCUCCCGAAGGCGGUGGAGAUCGAAACGGCUUCUUAUCCCGAAGACGAAGCCGCUAGCCCGGAGAACAUGCGCUUCCGCCGUGCCAACGCCGGCGAGUUCUUCCUCGAGGCUACUCUAAAGACUGCCGUGAGUAACGGGUGCAAAAGACACACACACGCGCCUUUGACUGGUAUGUACACCAUUGCUCAUCACUGAUUGGUUCCCCCCGAUUGAGCUUUAUUAACAGUGUAUUGCAUGCCCGACGGGAGGUGGGAAACAAGAGUGGCGAGAAGGGAUCAGGGUGACGCAGUUCGUUCGUGAAAACCGGCACCGCUGUCUGGCGAAUGGGGUUCGGAGGCAGAGCGU